AUGGCCAAAAGAUAUUUCGGUAUCUAUAAAGGAAAAUGGUACAGACCAGAAAAUUACCAUCCGAAGGUCUCAGCAACAUCUGAAUGGCGCCCAGUUGGAAGUGUUGAUCUGUUCAAUACUUGUAGUAUACUCUCCAAAGCCUCAUAUAUCGCAAUUGAUGAAAAGUCAUCCUGGAUACCUGUUAGUGCCUCCACGUCAAGCUUGAUUGUCAAUGGCGCGAUUUCUCUGAUCCCAAAUGCAACCAAGCACAUUCAGUUUCUAGCAUUUGGGAUAGAACCUUUGAUUUCUCAAGACAACUGUAAUUUCAUUUAUGAAGAAAUCAAUCGUUGGUUUCUCAAUUCCUCGUUCGGAAAUCAAGAGGAGGCAAAUGAGCUCGAUGAAAUUGAAUUGAAAAGGAGAUCUAAGGACCGAAGGUUUAAGGGUGAUGGGUACACCAACAAAGAGCUCAAAGCAGGGAAGAAGAGUGUUGAUCGAUGGCCAAUGUUUUACAUCAAUGUUCACCAAGUCGAUCCAUUAAAGCAUGCAAGAUUGAAGGUUGACGAUGUGUUAGACGAGAAGCGGAAUACUCUUGACAAGAUUCUGAAAUUUUUGCACGCGAUUAUUGUAGAAUUUCUAACCAGGAAUCAUUUCCGGCCAAAACUGGCACGCGGGAAUCGCACUAAGAGAUCAGAAUUGGCCACUUCAACAACAAAUUCAGAGAUUCUGGAGCAAAGUGGACCAACUAAGACCAAUCAAUCUUGUCAAGAUAUGAAAACUUUCCCAACUACGCCGGGGUCUUCUGGUGAUGGCGACGAGAAUAACAGCCAGAAAAGAGUAAGAAUAGAUACGCUGGGAACGAAAGUAAAACUUCCUUCUUUUCGUCAGUCGCAUUCCGCGUCUGAUUCCCCUUUUGGGUCUUGGUCAAAAAUCAAAACAGGGAUUGAACAACCACAUAGAAAGUUUACAGAUACGCCAGAAAACUUUAGUAUACCAGUAAAAGUUAGCUCAAAGGUGGAGGUGCGAGCAGAAACAGCUUUGUUUUCCAAAUCAGGACAAUUGACUCGAUGUACUUUCGAAGAAAGUCAAGCACCAAUCUCCAAAGCAACACCGUUCACUGAUAAAGUGCAAGAAUCAGAUGAAAUGGAGAUGAACUGGCUUGUAUGGGUCAAUCCUGUAAAUAAAGUCAAAUCUCUAGUGAACAGGCGGACGGGUCUUGUCGUAUCUGAAAAGAAAGAGGACGGAAAGCACAUAAAACAGUUUAUUUCCAAUUCAUCUUCUCGCUUGACUGCGGUCAAAAAGUCUCUUACAAGCGAUAAGCAGCCUAUUCCAUGGAUCGAUGACAUUCUGAAUAGGUGGGAGAAUCCAGUGUUCGCUCCUGCUCAACCUUCAAUACCUCAGGUAUCGAUGGAUGGGCUAGAUCUGGAGACACAAGAAAUUAUACAUGGUCGUCAUCAACACUGUUCACAAGCUGAAAUCGAGAAGGCAUUUGAAGACACUUCAUCAGGACUUCAUGGGCGCAUCUCAAAAAAAGCUUUACGAGACGCAGAGAUCAUCUCACAAGUAGAUAAAAAGUUUAUUCUGGCCAAUCUUCAAAGAAGAUCUAUAGCUGGAGAAGAUUCGACUUCUCUUCUUGUGAUUAUCGAUCAGCACGCAGCGGACGAACGAAUUCGAAUAGAAACUCUUUUAUCUGAUUUUCUUACAUCGCCCACAGUCUCAAACAUUCCAGCGUCAGCAUCAGUAUUCACUACACCUCUUGAGAAAUCCCUUAACUUUAAUAUCUCAACAAAAGAUUCUCAGCUUUUUCGUACCUACAUGAAUCAUUUUUGCUAUUGGGGAAUCAUUUAUUCAGUUUCGCCAACGGGUACCACUAUCACCGUCCGAUAUCUUCCACCCUUGAUAACUGCCAGACUUGUCGCAAAUCCGAGCCUACUCCUUCAUAUUCUCCGUACAGAGCUUUAUUCGUAUCAUGAGAAUCCAACUUUGCAUCCUACCGUUACCCCAGCAUCCACUUGGAUUGAGAGGAUAGCUCACAUCCCAAAGAGCGUCUUGGAGCUGUUGAAUAGUAGAGCUUGUAGGACUGCAAUUAUGUUUAAUGAUGAACUUGGUGUUGAUGAGUGCAGAGAGUUGGUUAGAAGAUUGGCAAACUGCAAGUUUCCUUUCAUGUGUGCACACGGGCGAGUGAGCAUGGUACCACUUGGGGAACUUGAGAUGAUGACAAAUGUGGAAGAAGGUGGUGAUUGUUCACAUUCAGUACGGUCUGAUCAAGGAAACAAAACUGGGAGUAGGCACGGGACGCUUGGCACUAAAUGGGGAAAAUGGAUGAGCCAGCGAAGAAAAAAUAGUAAGAAAGAACAAUUAAAGCAAGACGAAAACCUUAAGUGCUCUCGAUACAACAACAAUCGCAUCACAAUUAUAACCAAAAUCGCAACUACAACUGCGACUGCGACUGCGACUACAAAACCACCGAAAUUUCUAGUGCAACAAAAUGGAAAAUCAGGAGCACCCUUUCGUUUUCGAGAACGGCGACGUGCGAGCCAAAGCCAAACAUGGUGGACGAAUAAAUCACUUUCAGAUUAUCCUCUCAUGCGCUUUGCUUCGCCAGCUCAGUUUUGGAAGAAGUUCGUUGAAGAGCCAAAUUCGAAGAAAGCCUGCGGAGUCCCCGAAGAGCCAUUUCCCGACAUUGAGUUGGAUUUUACAGACGAUAAUCCAGAAGCUUUGUUGAUACUUCUACGGAUUGCGCAUCUGAAAUUCUCGAAGAUUCCCUCGCAAUUACCGUACGAAGUUCUAUACAACAUUGCCGUUAUCUGCGAUCAGUACGACUAUAGAAGUCUGGUUAAACCAUGGAUUCAGGGUUGGUUGAAAGAUGAGGCAAAUGAGGCGUAUCUACCACACCGAGAAGGAUGGUUAUGGAUUGCCUAUUACUUUGGGAGAAAAGAAAAAUUCUACCACAUGAUGAAAAUUCUGGCACUGCAACUAACCAUUGGCGAUGAUGGGAGAUGUGUGAUGGGUAAUCCGCCAUUCUACACAGAACCCUACCCGUUGGAUUUGGAAGGGAGUCCGUUACCUCUUGAAAUCACAGAUACAAUCAUUCGCUUGCGUAAAGAUAUGAUCUACUCCCUGACAACAUUUACCGCAGACAUCAUGAAAGGGCUCCUGAACGGCAAUGUGAACAGCCCAUGCAAAGAGCUAUGUCCGUUGGCAAUGUACGGGCUUAUGAGCAAACAUCUGGGCGAAUAAAAUCUGUGGCCUCUACCAAGAACAGAAGAUUACGAUUUAACCCCUUACCAAUUGUAUAAAAAGGUGAAUUGCGCUCUACAUUUGAGCUCCCUUGCCCAUAAACCCAUGGCAAACCUCCACACUAGCCGCUCCCGCUGUUACUUUACGGAUGAUUGGAAGCAGCUACUCCUUCAAAGCAAAGAUAAAAUACGCAAUUGCGGUGUUCGUUGGAAUGGAGGAGAAACUGGCGUAGAGAUAUUUCAGAAAUUUAUGGAUCACGCGGUCGAAGAGGUUGGCAACUUUGACUGUCCCAGUA